AUGUUUUCUGCAAGUGCAGCUCUGCGGAAGGUACUCUGCAGACAAGGUUAUGAUACCAGCAAAAACGAAAAGGAUUCGGCCCGCGAAAAAGGAUCUGUUUUUUUGUCAUCAUUAAGUCUGCGCAAUAACUCUGUUCAAGCUAAUGCACAGCAACUGCGUUUUGGCCAAUUUAAAUCUCGAUUCCUGAAAAGUACCACAAAAAACCCUUCAUUGGAAUGUGACCGAUCACUUUCAAUUUCGAAUAAUUCAAAUACUAUUGGAAAAUUGAGUGUUUCCUCGAAUAUAUCAGAACAUAGUUGUAGCGCUUCCCUUAUUUCUGCUUGUACAUUGUCAACGAUCUCAGCCCACCUUUCACUUCGACAAUUUCGGAAAACUUCUGCUCCGGUCAGUCCAUUUAACUUGUCGUCCGAGCAGUUACCACUACACCCUCCUUACGAUGGAGCUACUCCCGAAUUCUUCAAAGUUAUAUUCGAAAGUCAGGAUGCUGUUUAUUCAUCGUUCAUGCGCGCACACAAAUGCUACGACCUAAUUCCUACAAGUACGAAAUUGGUGGUUUUUGAUACUGAACUGCUGGUGAAGAAGGCCUUUUUUGCUCUUAUCUACAAUGGAGUUCGGGCAGCCCCUCUAUGGGAUAGUAAGAGGCAGGAAUUUAUUGGCAUGCUCACUAUUACUGAUUUUAUUCGAAUACUUCAAAAGUAUUGUACAAAGAAUGGUUCAAAAAAUGAAGAUAUAGAAGACCUUGAGAAACACAAAAUAGCAACCUGGCGUGAAGAACUGGAACAGGAUGGUCAUUUGAAGCCACUAGCUUCCAUAAGUCCUUGUGAAAGUCUUUUCCAAGCAGUUCAAGUUCUCUGUAAAGAAAAAGUGCAUCGUUUGCCAGUGAUGGAGGAGUGUACUGGCAAUAUCGCUUUCAUUCUUACUCACAAGCGAUUGAUGAAAUUCCUUUAUCUCUAUAUGAUUGAUCUGCCUCGUCCAUCCUUCAUGGAGAAAACACCUCUUGAACUAGGUAUUGGUACAUGGAAUAAUGUCUCAACGAUUACUCAGAAUACUCCAUUGAUAGAUAUUAUGAAUAUAUUUCUUUCUAAACGAGUGUCUGCUUUACCUGUACUGGACGAGAAUGAGAAAGUUGUCGACAUCUAUGCUAAAUUUGAUGCUAUAAAUUUGGCAGCUAAUAAAUCAUAUACUGAUUUGGAUAUUACAGCACAGGAAGCUUUACGGUAUCGUGUUGAUUGGUUCGAGGGAGUGCGGUGUUGUUCACCUGAUGAUUCACUAAUGAUGAUUGUAGAAAUGAUAGUUCGUGCCGAAGUACAUCGAUUGGUGGUCGUUGACCACAAUAACAAAGUAACAGGAAUCAUUUCACUUUCAGAUAUAUUGCGCUUUUUGGUUCUAGAACCACCAGUUACACCACCUGGAAAUUGUAGUCCUGACUUUGCAAUGGAUGAUGUGAUUGGAAGUAAUGAUGAUGAAAUAUAUUGUUCGUGA